AGAGUAGCAAGGAUUGGUGUACGAGAAAUACAUGUCUCCUGAACUUUGCUUAUGUGUCAGAUAGGAACUUGUUGAUUUGGCAAAUUGUGCACUGUCGGACAGGACUACGUACACUCUUUCUCUCUCGCUCUGCCUCUCUCGCUUUCCCUCUCUCAUUCUCUCUCCGGCUCUCUCCCUCUCAUUCUCUCUCCGGCUCUCUCCCUCUCUUUGCCACUAACCCCCCCCCCCCUCCUUUCUCCUUUCCCUCCCUUUCAGCUCUUGAAGCUAACGCAUUGGCUGGGCUACGGGCAUCUUGUUGCCAAAUAGGUGGGCCCUACUCGUGUUGGCAAAGGCUCAAGCAAUGGUUAGGGAAAGAACGCGGAGAGGAUGAGAGACGGCGAGAGAGAAACAAAGAGAGAAAGAGAGCGAAUUGGAGAGAAAAGGGGAAAAAAGAAGCAGCACUCGGCUUUGCCAGCGGUCGUACGCGCUUGUCCAACAUUGAUUUGGUUCUCUCCUUUUUUUCCUAUUCUGUGCUCUGCACUCCCCAGCCACCCCGCCUGUGUGUGUGUCUCUCUGAGUCGUACGUGGGGCCCACAGAUCUGAGCAAACACCACUACCAAUUACGCUUUGCCAAGGAUUUUUUUUUGCUUUAUUUCCUCCUUUUUUGUGGGGGGGAGCGCAAAAGAAGAGUGUUUAUUUUAAGUGUGUCUAUUCCAGUUGUUAUAUUUAGAUAAUUUUUGUUCUUAAAUACCAUUCACCAUUUCUAUUUUUACCAUAUUUCCAUUAUUUCUCAAUAUUAGUUUUCUUCUCUUUAAAUUUGGGUAUUUUGUCUUUCCAUCCCAGAUUUAACCAGUGAUCCUUUGCGGCAUUACGCUGUGACCCCCAGAACACCCAGGGGGGGUAUCUUGUUUUGUUUAACUUUGUUCCACUGCUUACUGUGGGCAACUGGAGAUUCCCGAGAUCUUCUGCUAAUUAUCUUUUUUUACCCACAAGUUUUUUCAUCUGCACGUUUUUUACACCCUGUCAAACCAGCACUUGCUGUACAUUUGUGAGUGCGAGAAAAAAAGUGGUGUUGGAGAAUUCUUUUUCAUUUUGAACGUUGUGCCAAAUUUAUGAUGAGAGGGCAAAAUGAUGGGCGGUGAACGACCGGUGUGUGGCAACCCUGGCACAGGAACACUAUGGCGAGAUCUAGGCAUUGUCGCUGAGCGAUGUGUAAUGAAGGAUGAAUUUCAUCCCUUCAUCGAGGCCCUUCUCCCCCAUGUCCGUGCCUUCUCCUACACCUGGUUCAACCUGCAGGCCCGCAAACGCAAGUACUUCAAGAAGCACGAGAAGAGGAUGACAAAGGAUGAAGAACGAGCAGUGAAGGACGAGCUGCUGGGUGAGAAGCCUGAGAUCAAGCAGAAGUGGGCGUCGCGGCUGCUGGCCAAGCUCCGAAAGGACAUCCGGCCCGAGUUCCGUGAGGACUUUGUGCUCACCAUCACAGGCAAGAAGCCCCCCUGUUGUGUUCUCUCCAACCCCGACCAGAAGGGCAAGAUCCGCCGCAUCGACUGUCUCCGCCAGGCCGACAAGGUGUGGCGGCUGGACCUGGUGAUGGUCAUCCUGUUCAAGGGCAGCCCUAUGGAGAGCACGGACGGAGAGCGGCUGGUCAAGUCGCCCCAGUGCUCCAACCACGGCCUGUGCGUCCAGCCCCACCACAUCGGCGUGUCCGUCAAGGAGCUCGACCUCUACCUGGCCUACUUCGUCCACUCACCAGAAUCCGGACAAUCAGACAGCUCAAACCAGCAAGGAGACACAGACAUCAAGCCAACACCCAAUGGGCACUUGAGUUUCCAGGACUGCUUUGUGACUUCAGGGGUGUGGAACGUGGCCGAGCUGGUCCGAGUGUCACAGACUCCAGUGGCCACAGCGUCCGGCCCCAACUUCUCCCUGGCCGACCUGGAGAGUCCUGGCUACUACAAUAUCAACCAGGUGGCCCUGGGACGCCGCUCCAUCACCUCCACCCCCUCCACCAGGGCUGAAAUGGAGCUUUAUGCAAGUCUCCCACGGAGCUCCAACAAGCGCAAGUCCAUUGACGACAGUGAGAUGGAGAGCCCGGUGGACGAUGUCUUCUACUCGGGCCGCUCCCCUGCGGCCGGCAGCAGCUCCCAGUCCAGUGGCUGGCCCAACGAUGUGGACGCAGUGCAGCACCAUUUGGCCAGUGUGCAAGAGAGGAAGAUAAAGCAUGAAAACGAUGGCGUGCAGUUCCCUUACCAUGGACUCUCCUCGCCUGGUUCUCUUAAGAAGCCGGGGAAAUUCGAUUUCAGCGCCCUGUCGCAGCAGACGAGGUCGCCUCGCAUGGCGUUCACCCACCACCCGCUGCCAAUGCUGGCGGGAGUGAGACCAGGGAGCCCCCGUGCCUCAGCCUCUGCCCUGCACUUCCCCUCCCCCUCCAUCAUCCAGCAGUCCAGCCCGUACUUCACCCACCCCACCAUUCGCUACCACCACCAUCCUGGACAGGACCCCCUGAAGGAAUUUGUGCAGUUUGUCUGCGCUGAUGGCUCGGGACAGUCUGGCGGCCAGCCAAACGGGAGCGGCCAGAGCAAAAUGCCGGGCUCCUUCUUGCUGCCUCCACCUCCCCCAGUGGCCCGCCCAGUGCCCCUCCCCAUGUCCGACUCUAAAUCCAGCAGCACGCCUCCCGACGGCGGACUGACCUCGCCCACAUCUCCGUCUUACUCCACGUCAGGGGCCCCAGCUCCCAACAGGUUUGUCAGCAUCGGAUCACGGGACAACAACUUUCUGAACAUCCCGCAGCAGACACAGAAAAAGAAGUGCAGAGUUCGCUUCGGGAUUGGGAGCCGCUGUCCAUCGCCGUUCCCAAUCCCACCCAAACUGACGUCAUUGGAUGCCAGCAUGGUAACUGCGUCAGUUUGGAAAAACCGGGAGAAGAAGAACGUAAAGGAUCACCACCAACUUGAUUCUUCCUUUGUCUCUUCUUUCCAUUUGAAACCGUCUACAACAUCUCUGACGCCCCUCGACCCCUUGUCUGGCCGAACACCAAUCGGCACUCCAUCUCCCUCACCCCCCUCACACCCUGGAUCCCCUGCCAGAUCCCCUUCCACUCUCUCCAAGUUCUUCAGCCUCUCUUCCCUCUCCUCUCUCCACAUGUCAUCUAUCUCUUCUUCUUCUUCUUCUUCAGAGGAAGGAUCACAGACCUCCUCCCCUUUUAGUGUUUCUUCUGUUUCCCUGGCUGUCUCAACUCAGUCAUCCUCCUCUGUCACUCCCCCCAGUCCUGCCUGCCCUUCCCCCACAACUCACAUCUCCUCCCCUGCCCCCCAGUCCUCCUCUCCAAACCCCCUGGACCACCAUGGAGAGACCAACAAAGACAGUGAGACUGCCAGAGAUCUUAUGAGCUCUGAGGUCAAAGAGGUGGGGGCAGUUGUUCCACAGACAAAGAGAAUGGUACCCCGAUUUGCUGGCAUCGCAGAGGCCUCCAUUGACCUGAGGGCUUUCUCUGUCUCAUUGGAGAGGCCAUUGGUCAGGUCUCGGGAAGCCAUGGCUCGCCUCCCCAACCUGUUCAGCAAGAGUAGCACCCAGCUGGGGGAGCAGAGCUGCACAGGCGAGGGUGAAGACAACACCAAGCUCCUCGGGUUGCCUAAUAUUGGCAACACCUGCUUCAUGAACUCUGCUCUGCAGUGCCUGCUGGGGCUGCCAGCAUUUUGCAGAGACAUCCUGAGACAGCAGGACAUCUGGAGUUCCUCCCCCUCCUCUAAACUGCUAUGCUGCUUUGCCGAGUUACAUCAGGCAAGGCUUUCUGGAGGCACUGUCAAUGCUAAGACAAAGGAAAAGAAGAAAAUCCUUCAAACAGUCAAGCGCUGUCUCUCCGUUUUCAAUGAGGACUAUGAGGACAACGAAGAACAGGAUGCCCAUGAAUGUGUGUUGCUCCUCCUCUUUCAGCUGAAGGCGGAGGGUAUGGCAUUAAAGGGCUCACCAGAGCCGUACACCUGCCCCGUGAAGCAGUUAGAAUUCAAGCUGAAGACUUUCCGUACCUGCACCAGGGUCCUAAUGCUUCAUAUCAAGCGAUUUACUGCAGGCAACUGGGAGCCAGAGAAGGUGGAUGAUCCCAUGUCCAUCCCUGCAGAAAUAACCCUCCCAGCCGUAUGUGGGGAGACAGCCAAUGUCCAGCAUGGAGCCAGGGCAAGCUCCCUGGGGAAAAACAACAUGGACAGCACACCUGCAAACUCCCCAAAAGGCACCCUUGAUAGACCAGAGACACCAGCCAGACAAGAUCUACAAAUUGUCAAGUGUGAUCUCGCAUCUGGGAGACAACAUGUAUACAGGCCACUACAUCAGUGAUGUUUUGGACAGCCGUGGCAGUGGGUGGCUCUGCCUGGAUGACGCACAUGUCUUGAGAACAGAUGAGGCCACUGUGCUGAGGGCGAUUGCACAGACUGCCUACAUCCUGUUCUAUGUCUGCAGUGGAGCAGGUGAAGGAGACCAGGCACCUCACUACCAGGAAAAGCACCAGGAGAACCCAUCAUUAAACUCAGGGAGAGGCACAGCUCUCAGGGACCACCUGGAGUAGCACCUACCACACACCAAGAAAUAUCAGAUUAAUCAAAUUAGGCUGCCCAACACCACCAUCAACUGCCCUAGACCACCAUCAACUGCCCUAGACCACCAUCAACUGCCCUAGACCACCAUCAAGCUGCCCUAGACCACCAUCAGGCUGCCCUAGACCACCAUCAGGCUGCCCUAGACCACCAUCAGGCUACCCUAGACCACAAUCAAGCUGCCCUAGACCACAAUCAAGCUGCCCUAGACCACCAUCAAGCUGCCCUAGGCCACCAUCAACCUGCCCUACACCACCAUCAGACUAUCCUAGACCACCAGGACAUUAGGCUGCCCUAGACCACCAGGACACCAGGCUGCCCUAGACCACCAGGACACCAGGCUGCCCUAGACCACCAGGACAUCAGGCUGCCCUAGACCACCUGGACACCAGGCUGCCCUAGACCACCAGAAGAAACAGCCUACACCACAAAGCAUGCACCCACUCUAGGCCAUCUACUGUAUGUUUACAAUUGUAUAAAUAUUAAACAUCUCACUGACCUAGUGCAAUUAAUUUUCCUUUACUGUACAUGGUAGUUAAUAAAUGUACCUGCAUUGCAUUCAGAAAGUAUUCAGAUCUCUUGACUUUUUCCACAUUUUGUUAAGUUACAGCCUUAUUCUAAAAUGGAUUAAAUUGUUUUUUUCUUCUUCUCAUCAAUCUACCCCAUGACAGCAAAAACAGGUUUUUCUGAAUUUUUUGCAAAUUUAUAAAGAAAACAAAAAGCUGAACUAUCACAUUUACAUAAGUAUUCACCCUUUACUCAGUACUUUGUUGAAGCACCUUUGGCAGCGAUUACAGCCUCGAGUCUUCUUGCGUAUGACGCUACAAGCUUAGCACACCUGUAUUUGGGGAGUUUCUCCCAUUCUUCUCUGCAGAUCCUCUCAAGCUCUGUCAGGUUGGAUGGGGAGCAUCGCUGCACAGCUAUUUUCAGGUCUCCAGAGAUGUUCAAUCAGGUUCUAGUCCGGGCUCUGGCUGGGCCACUCAAGGACAUUCAGAGACUUGUCCCCAAGCCAACCCUGCGUUGUCUUGGCUGUGUGCUUAUGGUCGUUGUCCUGUGGGAAGGUGCCCCCUUCGCCCCAGUCUGAGAUCCUGAAUGCUCUGGAGCUGGUUUUCAUCAAGCAUCUCUCUGUACUUUGUGCCGUUCAUCUUUCCCUCGAUUCUGACUAGUCUACCAGUCCCUGCUGCUGAAAAACAUCCCCACAGCAUGAUGCUAUCACCACUAUGCUUCACCGUAGAAAUGAUGCCAGGUUUCCACCAGAUGUGACGCUUGGCAUUCAGGCCAAAGAGUUCAAUCUUGGUUUCAUCAGACCAGAGAAUCUUGUUUCUCAUGGUCUGAGAGUCUUUAGGGGGCUUUUGGCAAACUCCAAGCCUGCUGUCAUGUGCCUUUUACUGAGAAGUGGCUUCCGUCUGGCCACUCUACCAUAAAGACCCGAUUGGUGGAGUGCUGAAGAGUUGGUUGUCCUUCUGGAGGGUUCUCUAAUCUCCACAGAGAAACUCUGGAACUCUGUCAGAGUGACCAUCAGGUUCUUGUUCACCUCCCUGACCAAAGCCCUUCUCACCUGAUUGCUCAGUUUGGCCAGGCGGCCAGCUCUAGGAGUCUUUGAGGUUCAAAACAUCUUCCAUUUAGGAACGAUGGAGGACAUUUCCUUUGACCUCAUGGCUUGGUUUUUGUUCUGACAUGGACUAUCAACUGCGGGACCUUAUAUAGACAGGUGUGUACCUUUCCAAAUCAUGUACAAGUAUUUCUGUUUUUUAUUUUGUAUACAUUUGCUAGAAUGUCUAAAAACCUGUCUUCACUUUGUCAUUAUGGGGUAUUGUGUGUAGAUCGAUGAGGAUGUUUUAUUUUUUUAAUCCAUUUUGAAUAAGGCUGUAACGUAACAAAAUGUGGAAAAAGUCAAUACUUUCCUAAUGCACUGUAUAAGAGGCAAUCUCUAUCAUUCAUUCAUGUUGGGUAAAAAGUGGAAAAAGUUAAUAUUACAACAAUAUUGUGUAUCUACGCACUCCCUCGGAGUUGUAACGUAACCACAAAUACAAUGAAGUAAUGGAACAAUGAAUGGCAAUGUAACAUAGACCAUACAUCACAUAUCAGUUUGGAAGACAGUCUUGACCCACAACUACUGUGGGAAAGACUAAGAGGACAUCAACGUGUUGCACAAAAAAUACAAAAUAUUUUUCUAUAAUGGAUAUGUUUAUUGGUCUUUUACAACAAUAAAAAAAAGGCUAGAAAUACAGGAAUACAAGAAAUAAAAGGAGAUGAUGAAUACCUGGUCGUCAACAGCCAGUCCACUAAUAAUAACAAUCUUCAGGAUGUUAAAGCUUUGAACCCAUUGAAAUCCUACUUUCUGCCUGGCAGACAAGGCUCCAUAAAUCAUUCUGUUAUAACACUGGUUCACACCAACACGAUGGGAGAGGUGCUUAUGGUAUAUGACACUAAAGCUAUAAAACUGGUUCAAACACUAUACACUUUUCCCCCCCACAUGUCUUUAUUGAGAAGUGUCUUUCAAAAGAAACAGAAACCUUUUUUCCCCCCAAUUUGUUAUGGUUUAAAAUUAUUAAUAAAGGCCUCAUAUGUAUUUACUAAUUUACAAAAUUGUAAUUUAUGUUUAACAAUCAAGGCAUCAACAAGUGUGCAUAUUCAAAUUGAUCGAUUGCUCUACCCUGAACCACUGAAUUAAAACCAACUCUCUAACACUCAAUAAAACUUCAAUAAACAUGAAUUAUCCUUCUGUAAAUCAUGCUGAUAUUAUUCAGCCAUUUGUAAUGCAUUGAAAUUAAGGUGACACGAGAUGUCCAAGAAACCUUAUGCAUUUUGAGUUAAGUAUUUUGUACAUGGUACAGAAAACAUAACUGAAUAGGCAGAAUUAUACAUAGCAAUAUUGUAGUAUGUCAAGCACACAUUUGGGCUGUCUUCCUAAAAAAAAGGGCCUUUGCUCCAAGUCUGACAAACCUAAUUCCACACAUUAUCGUACACCACUUAAAGUAGACUGAUAUGUCAAAUAUAAAAUGGUGGGUUAUUGGACAAGGUUACAUUGGUCAAGUUAACAGGGUUUUUUGCUGGUCAUAUAUAAAGGGGGAAUGCUGAGGCAACAUGGCGUGGUACAAUCUAAUUUACUACAAACCUGCUACCAAAUAGUUAUUUACAUAGUUAUUUUUAUACUAAACUAAAUGGAUUGCAGUAUCUCUAUGACAGUGGUGGUUUUGAUGAUUCAGUGGGAUUGUCAUUUAGGCUACCAUUUAAAAAGAAUUCCCUCACUUAUGCUGUGCUAUGUUUUACAUAUCCUGGUCCAAUCUUGUACAAUCAUCAAAGACAUGUUUUUACCGACUUGUGUGCAGUCGUCCACCUGUGUGCCAGUAAACCAGCUGAAAUGACAGUGGUUAAAUUCUAGCUAGAGGGCUGUUUGAUUCUAAUGGCUGUUCCAGGGAAGUAGCUUAACAUAAUUAUUUGUUUUCCUGUUAUUUGUUUUCGAGUGCCUAUGCACACUCAGACUCCUAUGCAAUUUAAAUGCACUUUUAUCUGCAAUUGAUGUUAAAAACAAAUCCAAGGCUUGAUGUGCAGUACAUUCAUAUGGAGGAGAUUAUGGAUUUGCUUGGCCCUGCAGCUUGCCAUAGAGGGGUAAGGCAGAGUAGUGGGGUCCACUGCUGGUGUCUGGGGUUAGGAGGACAGGGGUAAGGGUUGUAGGGGGCGGAUGCCAUGCUGCGUGUGGGCUGGAGGGAGAGCUUCUACUCUGGUUGGGGAGCUGCUGGUGUCUCGUUGGCAUUGGCGUCCGUGGGCUCGUUUUCCACCUCGUCGUCGGAUAGGAGGUCUAUCGAUGUUCCCUCCACCUGCCUGAGCGGCUGGGGGAGAAACUGAUGGGGCCUCCACGCCUGCAGGGGACAGAGGGGGCCAGGAGAGGUGGAGAGGUAUUAGUAACGAGGACCACAAUUUGGCCAAUAUACACAACUGUUUGUGUGAAAAAUAUAAUCUUAGAGUUUGUAUGUGUGUGUGUGGGGGGCUCUAAAUACCUGAGGCGGCUCUGGAGUGUGACCUCACGGCUGAGACCUUCGCUGGCCUCAGUGGCAUCAUCCAGCUCCCUCUGCAGCUUCCUGCGGUAGGCGUUGGCACGUGUGGCCUCCUCCACAGCUGCUUCAUGCGAGAGUUGGCCUCCUCCAUCUGACUCAGCAAGGAGUCACAACAGACAUCAACAAUGAUGAACAGUCAAUACUAAUACUUACAAUACUCAGCAGUCCUGUGGUCCAAUGGUUACUGGAAAUAACCUACUGUAGGAAAGACUCCAAUCCUAAAUCUUCACACCUAUCCAAUCCUGUCCCACCUGUGAGGAUCUGUGUUUAUUGCGCUAUAACCCAAUACUACAUCACGUGAUUGAAUAUUAGCAACUGUUGGCCUGGGCGCCUGGGUGUCUGUGCUGGAAGUAACAUUUUGCCCCAGAUAGUGUGCUGAGAAGCUGUGGUUAACCUUGAGCGAGAACAGUAUGCUUUCUAUGCAGGUGCAAAUAGCUCAAACAAUGUUACAGAACUGUCUGACCUCAGUCUCUAGGGUGUGGGAGCAUAAUCUACACAGCAACAGCGCCUGACACCAAGGAGCGCCAAGAGGCUGGGACCAGCCUGAGCGCCGGCGAUGGGCUGAGCAAGUUUAAACCACGCUCAGCCUCUACUGUGAUAGGCCAACAGACGGGUUGGAACUACGUCUAUCACAGUAUCAGAACAGCUGUUUACUUACCUCCUGCCAGUUCUCUGUUCUACCCUGCGAGGUGUUACAGUGAACCCGUAUAUACGAAAAUUGCCUUUACCAUUUAUCGCUUGAGUUUAAUAAAAAUACUUAAAGUAUA